UCACCCAGGAACGGCAGUACAUGUCCACAGCUUCUGCCCAUCAUGGUCCAGUUGCUCCAGGCAGCAGCAAUAAUCCUGCUGCUGGCCUCUCUGCCUGGAUCACUCUCUACUCCAUCUCAGCAUCUGUGCGGCUCCAACCUGGUGGACGCGCUUUUCCUUGUGUGUGGGCCUAAAGGCUUCUUUUACUCCAGCAGAAGCAGGAGGGACCUGGAGACUUUGCUGGCCUUGCUCUCAAAUUUAGCAGAUUCCGAGGUAGCGGAGGCUGAUCCAUUAAAACAGAAGGUGAUGAUGAAGAUGAAGAGAGGGAUAGUGGAACAGUGCUGUGGAAAGAACCAACUCUUUAGGUGUUUUCAUCAGUUUAACUUAAAACUGUGCUCUUCAUUCAUACAUAUUUAUGCAUUCAUUCCAGGCAGUACAUGUCCACAGCUUCUGCCCAUCAUGGUCCAGUUGCUCCAGGCAGCAGCAAUAAUCCUGCUGCUGGCCUCUCUGCCUGGAUCACUCUCUACUCCAUCUCAGCAUCUGUGCGGCUCCAACCUGGUGGACGCGCUUUUCCUUGUGUGUGGGCCUAAAGGCUUCUUUUACUCCAGCAGAAGCAGGAGGGACCUGGAGACUUUGCUGGCCUUGCUCUCAAAUUUAGCAGAUUCCGAGGUAGCGAAGGCUGAUCCAUUAAAACAGAAGGUGAUGAUGAAGAUGAAGAGAGGGAUAGUGGAACGGUGCUGUCACAGGCCCUGCACCAUCUACCACCUGGAGGACUACUGCAGCGGAACAAGCUGAAAUGCUUUGUAAAGGUUAAAGAUUUUAAUAAAUGAUCAUUACAUGCUAGU